AUCUUUUCAGCGAUCGCCACUCCGCAGACGUGCGCAACUUGUCGCGCUCUGAACUUGGUCUUCUGCUCGCUUCCGCUUCUUCUUCUUCUGCUUCGUGUCGCCCGCGGGAUAUUUCUGGGAGUGCGUGCUAGUGCGUUUUAGCCGCUACCGACCGACCGACCGAGCGUGUGUGUGUGUGUGUGUUAGAGUUUAAGCGAAAUAUUAAUUGGCCUGACCCAAAGUCCCAAAGAUGAUGGGUGCACAACCACACACGGAUUCAGAAGACACCUAUACGUACACUGCAGCAAAGUGCAGAUCGGCGAUAUCCAGGUCCAUCAAGAUGCCACGCCCCAGCCUCCUACUCAGCCUGAUUGCACUUUGCAGUCUCCUGCUGCUGACGAUAGACGCCAGUCCAGUUUUUGUGGAUAACCCCAGCUUAGCACAGUUCCAAUCGGGCCGAAAUAUACGCCAUCUGCCCUGCAUCGUACGCAAGUCUGGACGCUCGGGCGUCUGCAUGUUCGCCAUCGAUUGCAUUAAACAGAAUGGCACACACCUGGGCACCUGUAUCGAUCGCUUCUACUUCGGCUCGUGCUGCGCGCUAAAGGAGGAGGCCUCGCUAUUCGCGCCGGAGAUCAACGACAACAGCAUCGACCAGAAUACCAUUUCGCACUUUGCCCACGAGUCCACCACCUUGCCCACCAGCGCUCUCUUCAAGCUAACCACCGAAAGUGGCCUGACGAGCAGCAGCAGCGGCACCAGCAGCAGCAGUGCCGGCACCACCCACCAUCACACCACCAAUGAGCUGCUCAAGAACGUAACCCAGUCAUACCUGAGCACCGCCAAGCCAGUUCGCACCACCAUCGGUGGCAAUAACAGUUCCCUGGCAACCACUCGCCGCCCACCACAGCAACACACCACCCACAAAAACUCGCACUUUGUGGUUCGCACCACUCUCAAGCCAAGUGCUGCGCCGGUGAAUGCCACUGUGGCAACAGUGAAGCCACCACGACGUCGCACCACCACCGCCAAGCCAGUGCUUACGACGGGGGCUAUAGAGCAGCGCAUCGAAACCACUACGGUGCCAACAAAGUUUGUGACUUUCCAAAUUGUGGAAACCACCACUCCGACGGUGACGGAGCCUUCCCUGCUGCAGGAGACGACGACGACCACCAGGCGGCACACAAGGCCCACGGUUAGCAGUUCCCUAGGGGGCUCAGCUAGCAGGACAACUAGCAAAACAACAACAACUACAACAACUGGGGCACCAACAACAACUACUACGGUAACCACCAAGAGGCCAACUCCCCCACUGCGCACCACCACACAAAAGCCGCACAAAACGCAUUCCAGUAGGAGGCCCACGCCAGCCAAAAAGCCAACCACAACUGCAACCACAGCUGGUGCAGCGCAGGACACUCGAAAGCCGGCGGAAACAAGCACCACAGUAAAUGUCACGGUCGCCAGCACCACCUUGCCCACUCGAAAGCCAAUUGUCCAGACAAUUAGCAGCAGCAGCUCCACCAGUUCCACCUCAACAACCACAUCGUUUAAGGAGGAGCUGAACAAGAACAACAACCGCACCACCACGCCAGCAACCACCCAGGCGCCAAGGCCGAAACCCAAACCCACAGGAGAAAUCGUAAAGGUUCCGGCUUUGCUGGCCGAGACAACUGUAACCACCAGUAGCAGCUCCUCCAGCACCACCCUGGUGACCAAAAAGAAACCCACCACCACCACGCCUACAACAACCUCUACAACCACUCCGAAACCCACCAGAAAGCAAACUACAAAAGCUUCAACCACCAUCACAACAACAACAACAACAACAACGACGACUACCCCUAAACCAACCACAACCACCGCCAAGACCACGCUCACCACUGAAGCACCCACCAAGGCACCAUCUACAACAACCACAACAGCCACCAAAAAACCCGGAUUGAUCACCUGGACCGAUGUGGAGGCUGAACCACCGACGAAUGCCAGCAUAUCGAACGAUUGGCAGCCAGUGAGCAUUUUGGUGCCACUGACCACCCAAAAGACCGAGGCCCCUGCAGCCACAGCACCACCCAGUGCCACUGACAAAGUGGUCAUCUCGGUGGCCACCAGUGUCAGUGCCGUGGAGACCCACGGAACAGCCAAGCCGCACAAGACCACGAAGCCAACAAAGACCACAAGCACACCCAGGCCAACAGCCACUGCCAGGCCAACAACAACAACAACCACAACCACCGCACCAACAACCACCACAUCAACAACAACACAAAGUUCAGUGAAAACCACAGAUGCACCAAUAAACAGUGUAGAAUUAGCAUCAUCCUCCACGGAGGUGGCAUCCACUAGCUCAACUAGCAGCCCCUUCAGUACUAUCAGCACCACCAGCAGCCCCACAACAAAGCCAACGACAUCCACUGAAGAAACCACCGAUUACAGCAGCGAAGAACCAAACACCACAGCCAUCGAGGCCACAGGCAGCACCACCGUAGCACCCGCCAAUGCAUUGGAGGGCGUCGAUUACCGAGAAGUCUGUGGACGGCGCAUGUUCCCCGAGCCCCGAAUCGUCGGAGGAGCGAAUGCCGCCUUCGGACGAUGGCCCUGGCAGAUCUCGCUGCGCCAGUGGCGCACCUCCACCUACUUGCACAAGUGCGGAGCGGCCCUGCUGAACGAGAACUGGGCUAUAACGGCGGCGCACUGCGUGGACAAUGUUCCGCCAUCCGACCUGCUGCUACGCCUCGGGGAGUACGAUCUGGCGGAAGAGGAGGAGCCAUACGGCUACCAGGAGCGUCGUGUCCAGAUUGUCGCCUCGCAUCCGCAGUUUGAUCCCCGCACCUUUGAGUAUGAUCUGGCCCUGCUCAGGUUUUACGAGCCCGUGGUCUUCCAGCCCAACAUCAUUCCGGUUUGUGUGCCCGACAAUGACGAAAACUUCAUUGGGCAGACCGCCUUUGUCACCGGCUGGGGCCGCCUGUACGAGGACGGACCCCUGCCCAGUGUACUCCAGGAGGUGGCGGUGCCCGUGAUCAACAACACCAUAUGCGAAUCCAUGUACCGGGCCGCGGGCUACAUAGAGCACAUACCGCAUAUUUUCAUCUGUGCCGGCUGGAAAAAGGGUGGCUACGAUUCCUGCGAAGGCGACUCCGGUGGCCCCAUGGUGCUGCAAAGGGAGUCGGACAAGCGGUUCCAGCUGGGCGGAGUCAUUUCGUGGGGCAUUGGAUGCGCGGAGGCCAACCAGCCGGGCGUGUACACGCGCAUCUCCGAAUUCCGGGACUGGAUCAACCAGAUUCUGCAGUUCUAGGUCCUGGGAUGACCUGAUCCCAACCCUGAUCCUUAGCGAAUGCCUAGAAACGCAAUUCCCUUUCCCGCACACAUCGGCAUCGGAAUCCAACGAUACUCGGACUCGUGCUCCGGUUAUGGAAAGAACAGACCCGCGACGGAUCUCUGACGGAUUUAACCAUAACCCGAGCAACGAUUCCAGUUGCCACCAUUUACCUCCGCCUGCCCACCCCCCCAGGAACCACUGGAACACUGAUAACACUUCCAUUGUCAUAAUCGUAAUCUUACAAUUAGCGUUGCCUAGCCUAACCUAAAACUAGUUAGUGAAUGUGAUUAACCAGCACACUAAACGAAAGGAGAUAGGGAAAGAUCAUGUAACGUAUUAAUCGAUUGGACGCCUAAUUUAUUCCCAUUUGCUGUACAUAAUUUUCUAAAUUAUUGCAUAACAUUUACACUUAGCUUUAGUCCUAUUCAAUAUUAAUUUUAAAGGGACUCUGACUCGGACUCGAUCGAGUCACUCGGUAGGGCACUAUCACUUAAGUCGCUUCUCCUCGAAUCGAAUAAUGCGGCAGAAGCUAUUGUAAUUUUAUUUUAUAACGUACUGUAAUUAUUUAUUUAUAGCAGCUCAUG